AUGCCGGGUCUUACGCUUGUGCGACCAGUAGGCAACUGUUUAACUUCGGGUGGGUCCUCCGUUACUACUCUACGCCGUCGUGCUUUGGGGAAACUCGCCGCUUUACCUGACUCGCUCCUUGUUCGGCUCCUGGACACCCUUGUCUCAUCAACCGAGCCUCUUGAAGCCGCUCACUCUCUGUGCGCUUUUUCGGCCGCAUCUACUUUUGCAAAUGCGUUCGCCGCUGAUGAGGAUCUCUGGCGGCGAAUUGUCUUAAUGGUUUACUCGACAAAGCAAAUAGCGACUGCUUUCAGGGACUCAUGGCGUGAAACAUUCUUGUGUCUUGUCUCUAAUCGCCGAAGAGCCGCGUCGGAUCCUUCUCCUGCAGAAAGGAAGAGUUUUGUUUAUUCGGACGUGCUCUUUCACAAGUGGCGAUGUCAGACGGCAGCUAUCGACCCUGACUGGCUCAGCGUGGACAAUGUAUGUCGUGUUUCUGCAUCAAGCACUUCCGCAGUAGACUUUCGGCGAUGUUACGAAGAACCAGGGCAACCUGUAGUGGUUACAGGCGUUGCAACAGGGUGGCCUGCAUUCAAAUCUUGGACAGUCGCGGGACUUGACGAGCGCUGCGGUGACACUCUGUUACAUGCGGGUGGAUUUGAAUUUACUGCACGCGAUUACUUCCGAUACUGCGAAGCUGUUGAAGGCCACGAUGAUCAGCCAUUGUACGUAUUUGACAAGCACUUUGCAGAAAAAGUCCCUCAGUUGAAGGAUGAGUAUGGUGUACCAGAGUACUUCGGAGAAGACUUGUUUAAAGUGCUUGGGGAGGAACAAAGACCAGACUACCGGUGGUUGAUCAUUGGACCGGCGAGGAGUGGCUCCUCCUUUCACAAAGACCCCAACGCAACAAGCGCAUGGAACGCGAUCAUAAGAGGACAAAAGAAAUGGAUUCUUUUUCCUCCAGACCGCCCACCACCUGGGGUCCACCCAAGCGGCGACGGCGGAGAUGUGACGGCGCCAGUGAGUAUAUCUGAAUGGUUUUUGAACUUUUACGAUCAUGACAUGCUUCAAAAGUAUGGUGCUAGGGAAUGCAUUGUCAAUGAAGGAGAAAUGAUAUUUGUACCGAUGGGAUGGUGGCAUUGCGUGCUGAACACGACCACCUCCAUUGCCAUAACUCAAAACUAUGUUAGCUCGGCCAACGUCCGGGAAGUGGCGGCAUGGCUUCGAAACAAACCAUCACAGGUGAGUGGAUGCCGGUCGAGAGACCAAGCGUCUUUCAUUUGCGAAAAUUUCCCCCGCCUGGUCGUGGAACGGUAUCCGGAGUUGAACGAAAAGCUGAAAGGAUUCAUUCUUGCCGAGGUGAAGACAGAUGGAGCUGUGGAGAACGGUUCAACUGCAAAACGCAGGAAGACGAGUCUUUGGGAGAGUCUCCAAAUGAGUCCAAACUUGAGCGUGAAAAACGCGACCAAGGGUACAAUGAAGACACAGAAAGCAAGUAGCACUGUCUCAAGUUUUUCUUUUGGAUUUUGAUGUUGACACAUAAAGAUAUGCCAGUACAACGCUGGCAAUGCUUUGCAGCUGA